AUGACUUCAAUGAACAUUGAUCUUGAACAUGUUCAAUUAUUUCUUAACAAAUAUCAGACAGCUAAUCAUUCAAUUGUUUUAGUAACAUCAGGUGGUACUACAGUACCAUUAGAAAAGAAUACAGUUCGUUUUAUUGAUAAUUUUAGUACUGGUCAACGUGGUGCAGCUUCUGCUGAAUAUUUUCUUGAACAAAAUUAUAUUGUACUUUUUUUCUAUCGUCUAUCUUCAACAUUACCGUAUCAACGUCAUAUUAAAAAUAUAUUUGAUGAAUCACAAUCAAAUACAAAUUAUAAUCUUGAUCAAUAUCAUAAAUAUAAAAAUUCACUUCUUUUAAUACCUUUUCAAACAGUAACAGAUUAUUUGAAUGGUCUUAAACAACUUUGUUAUUUAUUGAAACCAUUCGGUCGAUCAGUAUUAAUUUAUCUAUGUGCUGCUGUUUCAGAUUAUUAUAUACCAAAUGAUGAAUUAACAGAACAUAAAAUUCCAUCAGGUCAAAAUGAAUUAAUUAUUCGAUUGAAACCUGUACCAAAAUUAUUAGGUUCUAUUAAAGGAGAAUAUGCACUAGAUGCUUUGAUUGUUUCAUUUAAAUUAGAAACAGAUGAAAAAAUACUUGAAGAAAAAUGUUUACAAUCAGCAGAUAAAUAUAAUCAAGAUAUAAUUAUUGGAAAUUUGUUAAAAACACGUAGAGAUCAAGUUCGAAUAUUUGAACGAAUGAAAAAACAAUGGACAAUAAUUAAUCGAUUACAAGAAAAUAAUCAAGAAAAAGAAAUUGAAUUUCAUAUUAUUGAAUUUUUAUGUAAUAAACAUCGAAUUUAUCAAAUGAAUACAUAA